AUGUCAAUUCAGGCCCAGAAGCUGGCAGAAGAGCUUUACGCCAAAGAUCCAAAAAACUACCCUGAUGACAACCAAAAACCCGACAUGACGAUUGCAAUCACUCCUUUCGAAGGUCUCUGCGGCUUUCGACCCCUCAAAGAGAUCGCCCAUUUCCUGAACACCGUCCCACCGCUGAAAGCAUUAGUUGGCGAGGACCACUCAAAUGAACUCAUCACUACUGCCGAAACGGCCUCCUCCGACGUCAAGACCUCAAGGUCCUCUCUCCGUACCUCUCGCAUGAAGCAACCGGAAUAUGCCGUCGCCCAAAUGUCCAAAGAACUGCUGUCUCUCGUUGCCGGCGGGAAAAUCACCCCCGGCUCCUCGGUUAACACGGCUGCGACACUCUGCGAACUUUUCCAACGCUGCAAUUUCCGAUAUUUCAUUUCUUGCGGACAUAAGGCGUGUGGUGGACUCAAGUGGAUUCCCACUUAG